GUCUGGUAGUAAUGAUAUUAUGAAAGCAAUUCCGACAAAAGUACGACAACAAAUAUAUAUGGUUCUCGGAAAUUUGGCAUUUUCAGAUGUAACCUGUGAAGAAGGAAACCUUGAGCAUUCAUUUAUAUCUAAUAGUAACAAACAACUUAUUAACACGAUAAAUCAAUAUCGUACUAUUAAUGAUGCCUCCAAGAGAAGAGAAAUUGAGAAACAAGCGUCAGCUCUUAUUCGUGAUGUUAUUAGUAUAUUUUAUUUUCGAAGACAUAUACAGGAACCAAUAGUGGAUUACAUGUGGAUUGAAAAUAAUAAGCCUUUUGAUCCACUCUUCAUGGAUGGCAUUUGGGACGAUAGUGAUGUUAGUAAUUUAGUAGUGCAAUUCUGUUCAUUUCCACUUUUUGGAUCUGAGCUAGAAGAUCCUGAAAAAAUGAAAGUAUACACUAGGGCACGUGUUAUUAUACAAGAUUAA